AUGAAACAGUUACUCUCACCGAAAUCUAUAUUACUUUUUAUAAUACUAUCUAUAGCUUCUAUUGGAUGGAUGGUUAUUGGCCAAGAGUUGCCCUACUCUUCAUCAUGGUCAAUUACCAACUCGAAUAUUCAAACAUGUAAUACUAUACGUGGUCAACAGGAUGAUUACUUUUAUAUGGGAGGUAAAUUCAGUGGCAGUAUUGAUACAAGUGCUAUAGGAGUCAUAUCUCCCGAUAGAUUUAAUAACUCUGUAGUUUUGGCAACAUCAUUAACGAGUGAGGCGUAUGCACUUAAGGUUCAAAAGUCAACUGGUAAGGUUGACUCAUCUAUUCAAUUUGCACCAAGUGGCAAUACAGAAACGAUUCAAAGUUCAGAAAUUAUUUCAAUAGGAACGAGUACUCAAUUUCAAAUAUUUGCAGGAAUUAUCAAUACAAAUCAAGGAAUUUUCAUUUCAAAGUUUAACACCAAUGGAAUGGAAUGGACACAAACCUAUUUAUUUUCGAGUGGAAAUUACAUUACAGUGAGAGAUUCAAAAGUGGUUGAUACGAGUAUUGUCAUUGUAGGAACAUACAGAGGAGACAUUUCCAUUAGUAAUGGUUCAAUUGCUCUCACUUCAUCCUCGAGUCAAGAUUACGAAAACAUGUUCAUUGCUAUUUUGGAUAUGACUGGAUCUAUUCAAUAUAUCUAUACUAAUAAUGGUAAUAAUGCUAAAGUCAUACCACAGAAUUUGCACUUGUCUUCAAAUGGUGAAUUUUGCUAUGUUAUGGGAGUUUUCAGCGGAUCAACUUUGUCAUUCACCAAAUCCACUAGCUCAUCAGAACAGCUAACUCUCACUUCAACAACUUCUACAGAUCAGUACGAUUUAUUCCAUCUCAAAUAUUCCAUCACUAGUAAGGAGUUGGUUUGGCUCAUGGGCACUACAGGACCUCAUCAGAUGGACUAUUCAUACAAGAUUGUUGGCAGCUCACCUUCGACCAUUUAUGCCUUCAGGGAUAUUAUCAUUGAUCAGGGAUAUAGUGAAAGCAGUGAUUGUGGCAGCCAAACAGAUGUUCCUAUUGCAACUCUGACAAGGAAUUUAUUCACACUUCUCUCAUCGAAUGUUCUCUUUGGUGGAGCAUCAGCCACAGGUUCUCAGAGUUUGAGCUUUUUCAAAGCUUUGGAUUUUGCAGGAUUUUCCAAUUCAAUUCUCUUCGAUAAUGGAACUACUUCAUCUGUUAUGAACAUUUCCAGAUCGACACCACUAACUCUCUCUUCGACAGGAUUUACUACCUGUCCUAACAAACAAGCUCUGAUGAACUAUUCCACAGAGUAUACAUUGAAUUAUGCCAGUGGUUCCGAGACUAUCCUUCUCAAAUCCUAUGUGAGCAUACCAAAGUUAUUGUUCACUUCCAAUUACAAUGUUGGUGUAAUUAAUUAUGCUGGUAUUACAUCCACUUUGACAUUUAACAUGCCAAGUACACUGCUGAGUGUUAUCGAUAAGAAUCUGGUUGUUGAUGUUGGUGGAACGAAAAGGCCAGUGAAGAAUUCCAAUAAUGUCUAUACGGCAGACUUGUUUUCAACCACUGUAGGAUGGAAUAAUAUCACUAUUUAUUUCAAUAAUACUGCUCAGAACAGGUAUGAUUUGAUUUCUAUGAAUUCUGUCAAGACUUUCUUCUUUGAUGAUUCUUUGGUUAUCAGUAUUCAGAAUAGUACAAUUUUAUUCAAUAGCAGUACUUUGAAUAAUGGUAGAGGUACACUAACAUUGACAGGAUUAUUGAAUUCCACGUAUAAUUUCCCACAGGAAUAUGUCAGCUCUAUUAUGUGUAGAGUGGCUCAACAAAAUUUUGCUACCAAUAUUGAUGGUAAUCAGAUUACAUGUCAAAAUGUUCCAUUUUCAGAGAGGAACACGACAGUAGUACUUGUCUAUAGAUACAGCAACUCUAUUUUCUAUAACAUUUCAAGAAGUUUGGAUUUGAGUUUUAUUGAAACACGGACACUUACAACUUCUUCACAAUACAGGGUGAUUACAACAGAUGAGCAAACCAAGGGAUCGUUUGCUUUGUCUUUAACAAUCGGUAAAACAAUGGGCUCUUUGGAUGUCAAAUUGCAAGCAACAAAUCAAAAUGGAGCUGCUUCUUAUUUACCAUUUACAGUUUCAUCAGGUACAAGUAUUUCUGCAACCUUGGCAGUGGCUCAAUUUGAAAAGGCAAAUUUGAAAUUUAUGGUAAAAUCUCAGAAUGACUAUGUGGAUUUUACCAACACAAUUUCUAUUCAAUUCUUGAAGCAAGUCAAGUUUACAUCCUUGUCGAGUACCAUUGAUAAUUCGAGACAAAUGAAGACCGCAUUCAGUAUUCAACCAAACCUGAUAGAUUCAUUGAAAUCUCAGCUAACUUGCCAAUAUAAUGAGAGUCCAACAUUGAGAACUGCUUUGAAUAGUACUGAUAAUACAUGUAAUAUUGACAAUCGAUUCCUUUCCACAAACAAUACUCUCCAAUUAUUGCUUAAUAUGGGAAAUAAUGUUUAUUUACAAAUAUCAGACAGUAUUUCAUUGACAUCUCCCUCACUACCAACAAUAUCCUUCCUAUUUACUCCUAAUUUUGGUAUCAGUGGAUUUACUAAUAUUACAACCGAAAUUACAUCUCAAGAUUUGAUAUUUGAACAAUUGAAAAGAAAUUUACAAAUAGAAAUUAAUUCCAUUCGUUAUACACCAACUGUUGGGUCAGAUGGAAAGGUUUCAUUUCCACUUGUAACCUCAGUAGCCGGCUGGAAUAAUUUGACAGUUCUUGGAAAAUAUUCAACCAAUGACACUUCAUACUCUGUGAUCAGCACUCAGAGUAAGAUUUAUUUCUUUAAUACUCCACAAACAAAUAUUUUCACUUUCCCUAAUGGAAAUAUCACACUCCUCACUCCAUCCAGCAGUAGAAAUUUCAUGAUUGACUUGGUAUUGAGUUCUCCCUUUGAUAUUCCUUAUACCUUACUGAGUCCAAACAACUUUUUCUGUAACAUAUUUGGAGAGUCAUAUAGUGCCCAAUUUGUUUCCAGUACCAGAGUUCAAUGUCAAAAUGUAGUAAGCAGAGAAGGUGAAACUGAUUCUUUUAUCACAACUUCUAUUCGAAAUACCACAUUUGAAAUAUCUUCGAGAAGUCUGUUCACCUUUGUUAAAACAAGAGAAAUCAAACCUGUUGGAGUGUCUCUCAUUCAAUCUACUGAUUUUUAUAUUGGAACAUUGCCUCAAACACAAGCAACCUAUUCGUUGCAGAUUAAUAUUGAAGAUAGCUUGUUCACUGCUCUACAAAUUGAAAAUACUCAAAAACUUGCUAUUCAACUUACUGAUCUGCUAACCAAUCAGAAACAAGUCAGAUUCCCACAAAUUACCAGAGGAUUAAACAUGUCUACUCUUUCACUCAACUUGGACGUUGCCACUUCCCAGUCCAUUUUCAAAUAUGAAAUUAGAGUAUUGUUUAAAGGACUGGAGAUUUCUCAAGUUGCAUUAAAGUAUCUUCUUGUGAGAGAAUCACCAAUUGGAAAGGUAAUUUCCUCCAGAGAUUCCACUGAUAAUUUACUCAUCAACAUGCCAAGAAUUUUAUCAACAGCAACUUCAAUUAGUGACGAUGAAAAGUUAAUUAUGGACAGAGUGUACUGCUCUCUUGGAGAUUCAACUCUUUCCAAGGUUACCUAUUCUGUGAGUGGUGGUAUUCAAUGUAAAUUUGCAACUGAUUUCACAUCAACACAAACCAAAUCAGUUCAACUCUUCAUGUCCAUCAAUACUGUGGCCACAAAUAGUUCAGUUAUCAAAAUAUCCUCCAACUCACAACAAGCAUAUCCAAUCUAUUGUUAUUCAAUUCCUCACUAUUUACCAACUGUUUGUUCUUCAAAGGGAACUUGUAAGCAAACUGAUAACUGUACAUGUACCAACAAUUUCCAAGGAAAUGAUUGCAGUUUCACCCAAUGUUUUGGAAUUGCAUCCACUGAUAAGACUGUCUGCAGUGGAUACGGUCAGUGUCCAACCUCAAAUAAUUGUGUUUGUAAUGCAGGAUUUAGUGGCACAAGAUGUGAAAAUAAGGUCAUGUAUGUUUCUGAGGACAAAUCAUGGCUAUCCACCAGUGAAUCUAUGAGCAGUUUACCAAGAUCGCAACUCUCUGCUCUAAUAGAAACAGAGAGUUUGUCCAAAGUUGAAUGUGCAUCUUUAUUAGCAACUGCAUCUAUUGAUACCAUUGGAGUUGAUGCAUUUUGUUUUGUGAACUCUGUUGAUAUUGUAAUCAUGUUGAACAGGAACGUUAUGAACAAUACUGUAUUACUAUCUUCCUCGACUAUUGGUAGCAUCCUUUCGAAAUCAUUUUCACAAUAUCAAGUGCUUGACACUAAAGGAAAGUCAACCAGUCCAGAAAUUCUAUUAAGAACUAGUUUCUCAAGUGUGAAUUUCCCUGCUGUGGUUGAACCGCUCAUUGUCACUGCAUCACCUCUCUCAAAUUUAGGUCUAUCAUGGCAAAGUGAUGAUCCAACUAUUAACAGUCAACUUUCUUCAUUUGCCAAUCAGUCAAUUAUCAAACUGAAUUUAGGAGCAAAAACAAGACAAAAUGUAAUUUCUAAUGGAGCUGUUAAUUUGGUUUUGCAAGUUGCCGAUUCAACAUUCAAUACUUUGACCAAAUAUUCCACUAAAUUGCUUUUGAAUCAAUCUUCCAACUCUGGAGAAGCAAUAUUCAAUUAUGGAGGAUCUCAAAUUGAAUGCCAAUCCUUUGCCUCAUGUGAUAUUGCCUUUAGUGUUGCUCCUAUUAAGGGGUCUUCUAUUAGGUCAUCUUUCAAUCCUGACAUUGGAAAUAUAACUACAAACUACAUUCAUAAUUUGAAAAGUUUUGCAGAGGGUUGUUCUACUGUAUAUUCCCUGCGUAGCAGUGAGAGCAAACAACUGUGUAUUAAGAUUAGAGAUAAGGGUGUUAUUCAAUACUAUUUGGAUGUCAAUACUCAACAAGAUAAUUCCAUUGUAGUCACUUUGAGUCAAUUCAACACUUCCUCUAAAGUAUAUUCAAUUAUUACCAGUUCUAACUCUGAUAUUAUACAAUUGAUUAAUUUGAAUACUAACACUUCUGUGCAAGGCGCGAAGGAUGGAAGUAGUUCAGCAGUAUAUUUCAAGGGAAUCAAAGAGCAAGAACCAUACGAGAUUAGAUUUACUAGUUCAUUAGGAAAGGCCUCCCUCAAGAUUCAAUAUUCCACAAGUAUGCAACUCAAGCUCUUAACAUUCAUUCCUAAAGUAAUGGGAAGAAAAUCUUCAUUGAUAUUGUCUUCUCUGGUUGACUCUGAUAGCAGCACAGUUCAACAAGUUGAUUUCCUGUUAACAAAGAAAGGCCAAUCACAAUCCACGUCUCUUCCAAUAGUUCAACAAUAUAAUGAUCUGACCUUUUCACAAGCCCUGUUGAAUGCUUCACUUUUAGAUAGUGGAUCUUUCUACAUUCUGAGAGUUCAAUCAAGGAAUGCUAAAGGACAUGUAACCUAUAUUGAACAAUCUUUCUAUGUACAAUUAGAACCAAACUAUAAUAUCAAUUGUGCUAUUACUCCAAAAGAAGGAAUUGCUUAUGAAACAGAAUUUACAAUUUCAUGUUUAUCCAAUAAUUUAGAUUUAGAUACUUAUCAAUUCCUCAUAACGAAUGGUACUCAUCAAUUAGAGCUUUCCAAAGGAAGAAAGAGAGCAUUCUUUACUAGAAUUGGAUUUUUACAAAAUGCCAAACUUCAAGUCAAAACUAAUGAUGUUUGGAAUAGUGAAAAGACAACAGAGUUCCCAAUCCAACUCAAACAUCCAAAACAAGUUUAUCAAACAUCUUUAGAAUUUUAUCAAUAUUUAACAAGAAAAGUUCAGGAUCUUCUCAAUGAAGAAGUUUCUCCAAACAGUUUAGGAUUUGAUUAUGUCAACAGUGUCAUCACCUUCAUGUCAAUUCUUGGUGCUGACUCGAGUAUUGUACCAAAUUAUGAAUAUAGAACAGAGUUGGGUUUGAGCUUGCUGGAUAUAUUCGAAAAAGUCGUUGGCUAUGCUAAACAGAAUAAGGAUUCUACGUAUAUUGGAAGAAGUUUACCGAUAAUGAAUCAAUUCUUGCAACAAUUUUCAAAUACCACACAAACAAAUAGAGAUAGAGUCUAUGGACUGAUCAACUCUACGUUGGAUAUAUUACAAGACUUUUCAUCAACUAAUCCAAGUAGUAGUAUUAAUGAUAUAUUUACUAUUGUUGACAGAAUUAUUCCACUAGUAGCAACUGAUUUACAAACUCAAUUAUUCAACAAAUUGAGAAUAGUUAAUCAACAGAAUUUGUUUGGAAAGAUGAAGAAUGGUUAUUUGGUUUCAAACUUCUCCAAACUUUCCAAUACUACUCUUGAAAAUUAUCAAAUCAUUAACUUGAAUGUGUUGGGAAGAAAAAUUUCAGAGCCAAUCAAUCUCGGUACACUUUCACUCAAUCUUCCUUCACAAAUUAGUUCAGAUUCUUUGAAUUCUCUAUUUGAAGUGAGUGCUCUAAUUUAUCAAACCAAAUCCAAAACAAGUAGAACAUUACAACAAGCUACCUCUAUUCCUAAUGUACAAGUUGCACUAACGAAGAAUUCCAUUCCACUUACCGAUUCUUCACUAAAUGUCAACAUUACCUUCCCAAUCCAAUUGAAUAGUAAGACAAGAGCCCAAUGUAGAUCAUUUUCCUUCCAGGAAGAACCAAAGAAUCACACAACAUUCCAAUCCGAAUCAGCAGUGGUAUGCUUAGUGGCACUCUCAGAUUUGAAUAGAAACUUGUAUAUUUAUACCUAUGAAGGUAUUUUUAUAGGACCACUGCCACAAAAUAGUGAUAAUGUGAAAGGUCCACUUCUUCAGGAUAACACCUUGACCAUAGCUUUGGCCACCAUUUUGUCAACUGUUGGUUUGAUAUUUAUAUGCUGUUCACUCCUGGUAUUGUUGUUCAUUAUUGGAAAAUGUAGAGGAAGAGGAAAGAAGGAAAAUACACCAAAUAUGACAGAGUUUACCUAUAAGGCAUCUGGAUCUCAUUCUCCAAUUGGAAUUUCAGAUCAUUCUUCAUCUGAUAAGAAUUCUGAUACUUCAUCAGAAAAACAACAAACUGAAAAGAAUAUCAAUCAACGAGUGACUGAGAAUGUUGAGCUAUUGAAUGGACAAUAUCAAUUAUUAGAAACCAUUUCCAUUCACUCCAACUAUACUCUCUAUAGAGCUAAUAAUAUUAGUACAGGUCAGGUUGUGUGUAUUAAGAAGAUUGGAUUUUCUUCUUUUGAGGAAAUUAAUUCAUCAUCCUCUGUUAUUGUGAAAGAGUAUACGAACAUGUCUCGUACUCAACAUGCUAAUAUUGUCAAGUUACACGAGGUGUUUGUUGAUACAAGUCUUAAGGCAGUUUGUUUAGCUCUUGAAUAUUUCGAGCUUGGAAAUUUGAAUGAAUUACUACUCAAGCGAAUUCAACAAAACCAAAUAUUUGAUGAGAUUCAUAUUGGUCAGAUAUUGUAUCAACUUUCCCAAGCUCUUUCGUAUCUUCAUGAUGAAUGUGGAUUGUGUCACAGGAAUAUCAGGUUGGAAAACAUAUUUGUAAGACAAUUUACACCACAAAAAAUUGAUAUUUGUUUGGGUGAAUUUACAGAUUCGAGAUCCAGAAACUCACUCAAAAUAGAACAUGAUGUGCAAGACCAAUCGUUUGGAUCUGCUAUAAGUUCUUAUAAGUUUGGUAAUUUUACCAAAGCUGUGAAGGAAAAUGCAAUCAAAUCUACCAGUGACCAGUUUACGUCUGAAGAUACAUUCCAGGUUGCGUGUGUAAUGUACAAACUAAUGUCGUUUGAUAUGGAGAGUAAGGUCAAUUCAUUAUUUGAGGAGUAUGAGUUUGAAAAAGACGUAUUCACAUUGCUAGAAUCAAGGAUACACUCAUCAUAUUCUAGUGAAAUAGUUUCCAUCAUCUUGUCAAUGUUUGCUCGAGAAGAAAAAAAUCGUCCAACAAUGAACCAAGUCACCAAUUUAUUGGGCAAUGUAUUCAAGUUUGAAACACAAUAA